AUGACUAGCAGCGAUAUUGCCCUGCGUACCCAUGUUGUAGCUUUGAAAGUACAUACCAACAAGAGCUCUGAGGAAAUCGCUACAGUCUGUGAUAAACACGUGCAGGAUAAGCCUCGCUCUGGCCGGCCAAGGAAAGGAGAUCUGGACAAAGUUAUCGCUAUAAAGUCUCAACGUGAUCCUAACGGUCGUGAGAAAUCAUAUGCUGCUAUUGCCAGUGAACUUCGCCUCCAAGGUGUGGAGAUAUCAACUUCAACCAUAUCGCGAAUCCUAAAGUCUGCCGGGUACACAAUGCAACAAAACGAAGCUGACCAGGAUGCCUCGACUGAUGAAGAAGAUGAGAGCUGA